CGUGAGUGUAAGGUGUCAGUUGCGCUGUCCGCCGGGCCGGUGUGGGCGUGUUGAGGUUUCGUUGUUAAGACCUCCGAUACAGUAGUGAAUAUUUGCGCUAACUCAUCCGGAAAACGGAGUGCUAUCUAUCGGUUUAAUACGUCUAAAGGUAUACCUUAUCGGGACGCCAACGUGUGAAAAUGACAGAAAACGCGCGCUGGCGUUGCGACUAAACGGAGUUUUUAAUCUCAUGGAGGAGGAGAUGUGAAUAAUAUGGUUGUGAAAGUUAAAUUAUAUUAAAGUGAAUAUUUAAGUGAAUGUUUAGCGAUUUUAACGGAAGCUGUGCCACUAUAUAUAUUAAUUGAAAGGAUAAGUGAAAACGAUUUGAAGAUAAAGCCAGAGAAAAUGAAGUGUUUCUGUGUUUGAUAUUAAAAUCAGUUGAAGCCAUUUUUUACACGUUUAAGGAAAUAUCAAGGAGAGUAAUUGAAAUCACAAUUGAAAAGAUAAGUUAUCCCAGGUUUCCGAAAUCAUUCCGAUAGUUACCUCAGAUCAGAAAAGAAGUUCCAAUUCAUUCCUUCCUCAGAUCAAAGUAAUUCGGUGGCGUUGAUUGUGAAUAUUUUUUCUCUGCAAUGCGAAGCGAGAACCAACUCUGUGUAUUUGAGACUGACUGUAGCGUUGUGACAAUUACCCCGCGAGGAACUGGAAGCCGGGAGGCGAUCUCUUCGAGUUUUCCCGUAAUUAGAACAUGAUGCCUCCCGACCACGCCCCCUCGAAUUCGUCACCUCCAGCACCAGCACCCGGCGACUCACCAUGUCAAGGUUGUUGUGGCAGCUUUUGGAAUGGUUGGUUCCUGACCGUGCCAGUGGCUCCAGUUCCCCCACUUCGUCUCCUCCACCCCACCAGCCUUUUUACCACCACUAUUACUUCAGUCAGCGGCGGGGCAGGAGGGACCACCACCCUUCCGACCUGGACGACGAGACACCCAAAGGCACCCAGUCACUCAUUAGUUCGCCGGAAAGGGGAUAUCGUCGGCAGGUGGUCGAUCCUCCAGACGCUCGACUGAGGAGGUCCGUCAGCUGCAUCAGUGACCGAUAUCCUUCGUGUCUCAGCAACAGGGAUCUGGAAACGCCUCCGCCAGAGGCCGCGCCUCCUGGGGAUAUAGGAUACGCGGAGCCUCGUCAGGAUACAACGGUGGUUCUAGAUCCCCCAGUUGCUGGACAGCAGACCGUGAGUUCUGGCCAGAAAACGGAAAACUUAGUGAAUGAGCAAGAAACUCGUGAUGGUGAUGAUAGAAAAGAUGAUAAUGAAGCUGUUCAUGAUGAUAAUGAUGAUGAUACUCGACCACCCGAUGGUGACGAUGGUAAACACGACAGCGAAUCUAAGAUUGGCAUUCCAAAGACAAUAAUGGCCAGUUCUAGAAGGAGAUCCUUACCAGCCAAUUCAGGGGAAAAUGGAUCUUCCUCCUCCUCCUCCUCCUCUUCCACAUCCAGGUUCUCCUUCCACAGGAGGUUUUCGAUGCAGGGCGCCCGCCGAACGGCGGCCGCCCGCCGGAGGUUCCACCUGCCCUACAACGACAUCAUACGAACGGAGGGGGUCAAAAUUCAGCACAACGGCAUCGAGGAAGAGGACGUGGGCGUCGCGGAAGGCGCCGCGAAACUCUUAAAGGGCGAUGAAUACUCAUCCAGGAGGAGGAGGAGGGGUGCGACGCCCCCGUUCAAGGAACGCCCCCCAACCAAAACGCUGAGCGAUUACUCGCUUCAUUUGGAAGGGCAGCAGAGUCCCGAUGGCGAGUCGGGUGGAGGCGUAGUGGGUCAUUUCCCGAAGUCGUCACCCCACGUUGACUAUGACACCUGCAGGAGCUAUGUGGACAUGACGAGCAGCCUCUUAACAUUGGACGCUCACACCAUAUACAACGGCGAUUGCAGCGACGAGGUUGCAACGCCGCCUGCUGCAACAGCAUCUAGCAGUGGGGACGAAGCAGCGGCAGCAGCAGCGGCAGCGGCAGCAGUAGGGGGAGGGGUAGGAGGCGUGCUUGGAGCAAGCGGAGUGGCGACAGGUUUCUACCACCGCCCUCUCCACGAGUCGGUAGUGGCGGCGGGUCGUGACGAUCAAGUUGGAGUCUCGGCAUCGACCCUCAGCAGAAGCUGUGACGACACAACGUUCUCUUUCCUCCCAUCCACUCCGUCUGCUGCUCUUCUUCCCUCUGUCCACCUCCCUAUGUCUGGUGGCUUCCAUUCGUCCUCCUCCUCCUCCUCCCUGCGGUCUAAUCUCAAGCACAAGGGACAGAUUCGACGCAAGAGGUCCGACUCGGGUCAUUCAGUGACGUUUGACCUGCCCGAGGACUGCGACAAUUUAGGGGUGUCCCGCGAGAUACAGCAGCAACGAUGUCGGGACGACGCCGCCGAGCCCUUGACCAAGUGUAUGAAGGAGCAGACGAACAGAUCGAAAUUGUGUGAGGUCAAGCCGGUGAACUUAAGCGGCGCCGUCAACGGCGAGGGCAACUAUUUGGAAAGCGUCUGUUCAGUUCAUUCCAGGAAUGAAAAUUCCGCUCUAGUGGCGAAGGGCGUCGGGGGAGAAGAAAGGGGAGAACUCGGGGAGGUCUGUAAUGGUCUCGAUUACGGGCCGAAUCAUCCCCCUCCUCCCCCUCUCUCCAUCAACGCCUGUCAUGAGGACGACGAAGGCGACCCUUCGUGGUUAAGGGACGAGGCCCACGUCCAUCACCAGACGUUUACCUGGCACCCGCCUCAUCUACACCUGAGCGACGAUGAAUUAGAUCACGACAGCGACUUGAGAAGCGAGUUCGGUGGAUUCCACCCGACUCCUGGGAAAUACUCCUCUCGCCAAGGCAGCGAAGACGUCCUCUCUCGAGAUGAGGGAUCGAGAGAAGAUAUCCCGGCAGCAUCCGCCGCUUGCCAAGGGGGACCACCACCUCCACCCGAUAAUGACAAAAACCUCAUACCCUACCUCACCUUGCCACCCGCAACCCCCCCUCAGCCCCCCUCCCCCAUCCCUCCGCAACUAUUGGCAUCUUUGGCCUGGUCUUCAGGGGACAGUGAGGGCAGUCCUGGUUCGUCCACGCGAGAGCCUGACUCUGGGUACUGGGGCACUGGCGAGGGGGGCACCGUGGUGGCUGGGAAAAAGGGGGUGAAGGUCGUCACCAACGGGAGGGAGUAUAAUCUGCCAUACGCCUAUUUGCAUCAGGGUAGACUCAGACUUCGCAUCGUAAGAGACGAGGUGUUGGAGGAGGGAGGCUGCGCCCUUAGUGUUCGGGAUGUCAGCGAAUUGCUUCACGCUCAGUAUGCAAUUAUUACAGGUGGCAAGUCCCGCGAGGGAUGUCCCAUCCUCACCUUUCCCGAUCGGGGCAACUUCGCCCAGCUCGGAGACGAAGAGUAUCGCAAGCUUAUCAUCUACCUCACCUCUGUACCCUCGCUACAGGACGCAGACAUGGGCUUUGUCCUGGUUAUCGACAGACGGAAUGACAAAUGGAACUCCGUCAAGACCGUCCUGCUCAAGAUCUCCGGCUUCUUCCCUGGCCUUAUCACAGUGGCGUAUGUACUGAGACCAGCUGGGUUCCUCCAAAAGGCCAUCUCCGAGGUCUCCAAUAAAAUCUUCAGGGACGAGUUCAAGUUUCGGGUCGUCGUGUGCAACUGCGUGGCCGACCUGCACGACUACAUCGACAGGAACCAACUGACGGAAGACCUGGACGGAUGCAUCCCUUAUAACCACGACGAGUGGAUAGAGCAGAGAGUGAGAGAUCGGGAGCGCGGACGGAGGGUUGUGAACAGGAAUCCCAGGCGUCUUUUUACCUUCAUGGAAGAGACUGCAUUGGCCCAUGCUCGUACAGUCAUGGAACUGAUCGACGAUAUAGCUUCAUCGUACUCGGAUGACUUCGUUACCGGAGACUAUAUCCUCCAGAUCCAGCGUCGCCCCGGCUACCAUCGCUUCUACAAUGAGCAACUCUUUUCCCGACAGAUCCAACACGCCGUGGCGACUCUCAAGCAGGCAGUGGAAAAGUUCAGCGCCAACACGCAAGAGAUCAGUGCCUCCCUGCGAGCCUUUACCCAAAAGCUUCAGGAAACUGAGUUCCCCAAUGAUGUGACUUCGACCGAAGAAUUGCUGAAUAGUCAAUGUGCAGAAUACAGUGUCUUGAAAGACGACUUGCUUUCUGCAUCUCGACAUGGGGAAACCUUACUGAAUUGCAUAAAGCGACCGGGAGAGCCGCGCACAGCGCGCCUUUGCCCUGACAAGCUCAUCAAUGUGACGGCAGUGGAGCGCCUUUUGGUACAACUCGAGGAGACGGAGAGAACGUUCGAUGAGUUCUGGACGAGGCAUGAGGGCCGUCUUACUCAGUGUCUCCAGCUUAGGAGAUUUGAAACCGAUUUCAGAGAACUGCAGACAUGCCUGGAGGAAUCACUAAAACAGCUAUCAGGAAUGUCAGAGGUUGGAGAUUCUGUAGCCCAUGUGGACCAGCUCUUGGCAGAGGCUCAAGACUUCCACAUGAUGUGUGCAGACCAACUAGAAAAGGCAGAGGAACUACGUAUUAUUGGUAUGCAAUUAAUAGAGAGCCAGCAUUAUGCUGUUGAUUCUAUUCAGCCUAAGUGCGUUGAAUUGGUGAGGAUGCGAGAUGCUUUCCAUGAUCGCAUCACCACUCGCCUUGAAACCCUACACAAGUGUAGAGACCUUCAAGAGCGCAUUGAAAGGGCCAAUAAAUGGUGUACUGAAGGGGUGGAACUUUUGGCUUCACAACAAAUUGAACGGUGUCAAGCCCCAGAGUUUGCUGAGGAAGCACUAAGGGAACUUGAAGAGUUUAUGGCCUCAUCAGACCACAGCAGAUUAGGGUCAUCACAUGAACUUAGGAGCAUUUUUGAGGAAUUUAUAACUCCAGAAACCAAAGGUCUUGUACAGCAGGUAUUAAAGCGUAUUGAAGAUGUGCAGAUGAUGUGUGAGAAAAGAAAAAGCUCUCUCAAAAAGCUUGCAACGCGACUACCACGGCCAGUACAUGCUGUAACACCAGAGCCUGCAGUGCCAUUGCAUUAUCCUCAAGGCCAUAGUAACGUUCAUCCUCACUCACAUCCAGCAUCUCCACUUCAUGCCGAUCAACCAAAAUCUCCAAAGAGCAUUAGAAAAGCUUCCACCUUACCUAAGCUUGGAGAUAGCAGUGACUCUCCAGAUUGGGUUGGAGAUGCAGAAGCUGCGAGAGCCAAACGUGGCCAUGUUCUCAAGGAAUUACUGGACACAGAAAGAGUUUAUGUGUCAGAGUUGUGUUCAAUAUUAAAGGGUUAUAAAGAUGAAAUGUUGAAUCCAGAGAUGCAGCCUCUUAUCCCAGUGAAUUUGUAUGGCAAGAGUGACCUUCUCUUUGGCAACAUGGAGGAGAUAUUUCGCUUCCAUAAUGAUGUCUUCCUGCGUGACUUGGAGAACUGUAUUAACACUCCUGAACUAAUUGGUCUUUGCUUUGUUCAAAGGAAAGACUCCUUCCAUCGAUUGUAUUCGCUGUACUGCCAGAAUAAACCCCAAAGUGAAGAGUUACGUCGCCAGGUUGGAGAUCACAAUCCAUUUUUUAAAGAAUGUCAGCGUCGUCUGCAUCACAAGUUACCUCUAGGUGCCUACCUCCUUAAACCUGUCCAACGCAUCACUAAAUACCAACUGCUUCUUAAAGACUUGCUGAAAUGUGUAGAAGGAAGCCAGGGCCGCAGGGAACUGCAGGAGGCAGUUGACACAAUGCUCACAGUCCUCAAGUGCCUCAAUGAUUCCAUGCAUCAGGUUGCCAUUACAGGUUUCCCUGGAAAUUUAGCAGACCUUGGCAAAUUGCUCAUGCAAGGUCCCUUCAGUGUAUGGAAUGAAAGUAAGAAGGGCCUUCGUGAGUUACGCCUUAAACCUGCUCAACGACACAUUUUCUUAUAUGAAAAAGUGUUACUUUUUACUAAGCGUGCUGGCAAAGACACUGAUCGUGCCACAUAUCACUUUAAAAACGCUCUUAAGAUGUCUCAAGUAGGAUUAACGGAAAGUAUCAGAGGACACAAGGGUGACAUACGUAAGUUUGAAGUUUGGCUGCAAGGGCGACAAGAAGUUCAUAUUAUACUUGCCCCUUCGGUAGAAGUUAAAGAAGCAUGGGUUAAGGAAAUUAAGCGUGUGUUACUUGAUCAAUUUGAGUACCUGAAAGGAGAGAACAUUAAGCAAUAUUCUUCAAGAAUACAGAAAGGAGCAAGUUUAAAUGGUAUAAGAAUUCCACCCCUGUCACCUACUACACAGCACAGGGCCCUACGUCAAACUGCUUCUUGGGAUAUGGCGGGUAAUGGAAUGAGUGGUAGUGGUGGCUCAAUCAGUUCCAGUAGUUCUGAGGGCCGUACUGGAGAAAGUGGUAGAGAGAAUGGUAGACGAUCUAUGCGAGGGAUGAAGUCAGCUGAGGGAGCUUUGGAUGCUCCUGAAGAGGAGGAAGAAAGUUGGUCAUCUGAUUAUUCUGCUUCUGAUGAAGAAGAGGAUCAGGAAACAUUUUCCGAAAGUACCGAGUAUACAUCAUCAAGGUUCCUAGUGUUAGCAGACUACAAUGCAAUGGGGGGAUCAGAGGUCAGUCUGCGUGAGGGUGACUAUGUAGAUCUCAUCAAAGUAGGAUGCGCUGGCUGGUGGUAUGUUAGAGUAUCCGGGACACCGUAUGAAGGCUGGGCUCCUGCAGCAUACCUAGAGCGGGUUCUCAAGAAAGGUAGCAGGUCUUCUCCUUCUGUUAGUAGCCAGGAGUCUUCCUCCGGUCUAAAGCAUGCUACUUCAAGAGCAUCAAAGGACUCAAUGAAUAAGUGGAACUCAAAGGGUCUAACAAUAUCAUGCAAAUUUUGAGCCCUCGAAAAGAAAAUUGGUGAAUGGAAAAACCUGAAUAGGGAGAGGUCAUCUGUGGCAUCCUUGUCAGCAAAAUCUGAAGAAGUAAAUAUACUGUAGGUCUAAAGUUAUUGGUAAAUCAAUGAUGUUAAAAUCUGUAUAGUGGUUUGGAUAUACAAAAACUUGCGCAUUGUUCCUUUGAGCAAAUAUGAGAUUUUUCAAGGUUCAGGUAAUGAGAUCUUGUAUCCAGGUACAGUUGUUGUGCUUUUGUUUUAGUUCACUACAUGAAACCGUUGAGUGCCUACACCACAGCAUGAAUGAAAACAUGAUCAAGUGGUGUAUGCUGUAGGCUGGUGCACGUAUUGAAGACCUAUACCUAGUACAUGUAAAAAAAGGUUAAGGUUUGUUACAGAAGAGAAAAAUAACAAUUCAUGGGACUUCCAUUCUUAUACAUUGUCAUAUUUAACAAAUGUCUUUAUAUACAGUAUAUUAGUGAUAAAAUCUUCCAUCUUGCUCUUCUCCUGUAUUUUUAAUAUGUACUGUAUACCCCUAAACAUAAUACAGAUAAAGGUUCAUUUUAUAAUCUUGUAUGAGGAUAUGUAAUCCCUAUUACAUUAAAGAUGUAUAUACUCUCAGUAAUAGAAAGAAGCUAUUUACCUGGCAAUGUUAAUGUCAUAUGCAUCCUGAAAUGAGCUUUGUGACUCACAUCGUUAAAUAUGUUUUAAAGAAAACUCUUAAGCAAGUCAUUAAUGCAGAUGACUAACAGAAAAAAUUUCAUUUUGUGUUUCAUGAAUUUUAUAAUGUUUUUCCAUCCAUUUUAUGAAAUUCAUUUGAAAGAAAUUGAUGUUUUAUGAUGAUGUUUUGUUCAAAUAGUAAUUUUCUUUCUCAUUACCGUGUCCCCAGUUGUCCAUUUUUAACUUUAGUCCUCCUUACUAACAUCACUGUGUGAAACUGCCACUUUGUAAAUGUUACUCAUACCUAUUUAAAUAUAUCUUGCCUUCAUCUUUCCUAUCCAUAAAGUACUGCUGUGUGUGGAAUCACCAAGAUAUAGGACUUUCCCCUUUUCCAGACACAACUACUAUCAUCCUGUCAGAUCUAAAACUUUCCUUAUACACCCCUACCUAAAGGCAGUGGUCUAACACUGCUCUGCCCACUUGUGAUCAUGUGCCUCAGUACACAAGUAGUUGUAGAACUAGAGAUAGUUAAUACAGUACUAACCCCAACAUUGCCUUCUAGGGGUGGUAGGUAUGGUAAAAUAAGCAGAGCACUUCAGACUUUGAAGCAGCUCUGCACACAGAGAAAUGGCUGUAUUAAAGUGAACCACUGUUCUUGUUGGAAUGAACAAACUGAUAAAUUUCUUCCUGUUUAUAUGAAUAAAGUGAUAUUUGAGUGUUUGUGUGUCUCCGGGAGUGCUGAGCUUUAUUUUGUGCGGGCAAUUGCUAGGCAGAGAAACUAAGAAAAGAUAUUGUGUUGCGUAUACUGUACUUAGGUAAAGGGCCCAUUAUGAAUUGGGAUGAUCACCUUGCACAUUUCACUAAAUUGAACGUGCCAUGUAUACACUCACUCUUUUUUACCAUGAAUUUUUCAAGUUUAUAAUGGAAAUUUAGGCUUAGAAGGUUUUUGAAAUUGCCAUUAGAAGGAUUAGUUUACCAAUGAAAUGGAGUACAAAAAUGCAAUGCUAAGAAUACUGUAUCAGCGUUUACAAGUUAGCAACUUUCAUUUAAAUUCAGUAAUGUAGUUAUGUAUUUGUAAUAUAACAUGGUACAUUUUUAUUUAUUAAACUACUGAAAAACUUUUAUUCAUCAGAUCUGAUAAAUUGUAACCAAAUAUACAAGUAGCCUCGGAUGUUUGUCGAAAAUGUUUCCAUUCUUGAUUAUGGUUAGACAAAUGCGUCAAUUCUGGUUUAACAGACCUCGCAAAAUAGCCGCAAAACACAUGUGCAUCAUGUUGACAAUGAACUUCUCAGCACUGGAAACUGUGGUAUAGAAACGAUUUUCAUUACCAGUAAAGUCAAAAACAUUUUAAUCAUUAAGUUAUCAGUCUGUUACCCUUACAUUAGACUAUUUCCUGUAUGAUUGAUAAAUUAAAUUAGCUAGUGAUGUGAUUUAAUAUUUUUUAUUCAGUACUAUAGUUUGCCUUAACAAGUUCUAAAGUUGUGUGUAUAUAUUUUGCUGCUUAUACUGUACUUGUAUUCUCCAAACAAGAGCAAGAUGAAUGAUGUAAUGAUGAAAUGAGGCUGAAACUUGUUUAUAAUAAUUGCUAUCACAUGGAAUUAUUUAAAAUUAAUGGUAGCUUUCAGUAUAAUCCUGUACAAAUUCAUAGUAAUGUAACUGGGUUAAAGUAAACCUCAGAGCAAUGUUUAAUUGGAGAAAUAGGUAAUCUGGACAUGUGUCCAUUACCACCCAGGAAUGUUAUUUUGUGAGAUACAAAAGACUUCAGAUCUUGUUUUUGUAAUUCAAGUUUUAAUUUCAACUUAAAAUUUAUUCAUAAAUUCCAUUAAAUCUCAUAUUUUCACAUAAACCUGCAUACUCUUACAGUUGCAAGAACAAGAUUUGAUGUAUCAUCUUGUGUUCUUGCACAUGAUGUACAAUGUGCAAUGGGAUGGAAAAAAUGUAUCAAAACAGAAUUUUGGUGUGCAAGUAUGAAGAUAUAUUUAUCAGCUGUGAAUAUGUAAAAAAAAAUUACAAAUUUGAAUUUUUAUUAAUAAAUUAUAAAAUAUUAUGUAAACCUAAUUGUGCUCAAAAAUGCCAGGAUAAUUGCUCAGGUAAAGCUAGGGUAUUAAUUAAGUGUUAUAAUUUUCCAAAGAUUUGACUACUACCAGAAUUUUUAUUAUACUACAGUGCUGUUAAGUUUACUUUGGUUCUUUUUGUAAGUUUACUAAAUGUCAAAAGUGUUUCCUGCCACUUUGAAUUGUGAAUUGCUGCUAAGUGGAUAUGAAUUAAACAGUACUUUUUCUUUUUCUUAUUUUUCAGGAAAAGUGCAUACUAACUGGAAAUAUGAGGGCACUUUUGUAUGAUAGGAAAAUAUUCUAGAAUUUGCAAAAUUUCAAUGAAAUAUUUAAAGUGUCAUCAAGUGGCAUUGAACACAAGUUUUUGUCCAGAGGGAUACAUUACUAAUUUGUAGAUGCAUUUCAAGGGUCCUACUACACUGUGUUGGUAGUACAAAAUCUGAAAUGAGAUUUAUUCUGUAUGCAAGUGUAUAGUUUUGUGAUAUAGGUGUGGAAGAAACUUAGUACAGUACUCAGCUGCUGAUGACUUUGUCUUUUAGCAGCAGAAAGAUUUUUCAAAAUGAGUGAUUUAACCCAUGAUAAGACAGGAAGCUGGAAAUUUAUAGUUGAAAGGAGAGGUGCACAGACUGCAGGCCUGGCUCUACAAUCUCCAAAGUGACUUAUAAAUUCUUUUGUACAUUCGUACAUUGUAGAAAAUGUUUUGAAUGGUGCUUUUAGCUCUGCAUGUACUGUACUAGCAACUGAUGUGUGUCUUCUUGUAAAGUGUACAUUGCAGAUGUCAUCUAUAUAGGGCUUUUGUUAAAUCCAAGGAUUAAUUUCAUUUGUACAGUAAAGUAAGUCACUUCUGUUUAAACUGAAAUGCUCUAUAUAAAAUAGAAUAAGUUCCCCAAAUAUGAAGAAGAAAAAACCUUAACUUGAAUCUUCCCUGAUAAUAUGAACCAAAAUAAAAUUGCAGUUUUGCUGUAAUCAUUACUACUCACCUUCUUAGGUGUAAAGAUACACAUUCCAAUAUGUGCAGUAAACUUAAAUGAGGAAAAGUGCUCAACAGCUUGCAAGUUUUGCUGGACCAAUGAAGUUAGGCAUUCAAAAAUUUACCUUCAGUAAUAUCAGCAUGGUACCCCAGUUUACUGUACAAUAUAUGUGUUUACCACAAUUGUAAAUCCUGUAAAUAUAUAAAUAUAUAAAUAUAUAUAUAUAUAUAUAAACAAUUGCAACCUAUUACUAUACGACUCUCUCCUAAGAUUACCACUAAAGAUGGAAUGUGUUAUGCGCUAAGUCAGCAAGGAGAGAUACUGUAUUCAUAAAGCCUUUUGUAAUUGCAUUAUUUCCCCAUUUAUUCAAGUUUUCAUUGUUCAGUCUCCAUUUGAUAUUUAUCAUCACUAAUAAUUCAUUGACAUUUCAUUCAUUUUCAUCUAGAAUGGAACUGCAUUCUAGCAUUCAUCCCUACUAGUUCUUAUGUUCUUGUUAAAUGUAAUUCACUAUCGACUCAAAAUAUCCAUCUUUCGAAACACCAGAUAUAUUAAAAAGGUUUAAACAUUA